AUGAAUAGACCAAAAGCAUUCCCAAUAUCUCUGGUGGCGUUGAGUCAGACACUAUCAGUAUUUCAUUGGUUGGGAUCGAAUUGUUGUGGCGCGAAUGGUAUUGAAAUAGGGUCUGGUAUCAAUCUGUGGAUUUAUGAUCCGUGCCACCCUGCCUUUGGUAUGUCUAGCUUUCCUUUUCACUUGAAACGAUUGAGAACCAAUAGAUUGAAAGGCUGGAAGAAGGGUAUCCACCAUCGUCGGCAUGAACCCAUCAUGAGAAUAGUGCGUUAUAUGUCUUGUGAUUGUGAUAGAUAUCUACGAUACUUCUCUUAA